AUGACGUCAUCAUCUUCAUCAGCUGAACCCGUCCGUACUCACGACGGCGGCCUGCGGUUGUUCCCGGCCGCGCAGAUCCAGACCGCCCUGGCCCACAACUUUUGCGUUUGGGAGCGGCCCCGCACCGGCGCUGGCCGACGCUGCGAGCGAGGGCUCUUCUGUGGCCUGCGCCCGCUGCAGGCCUUCGUUCGCAAGUGUCUCGCCGCCGCACCACCGUCCAACCCGCCGUCGCUGCUGACGUCAGCAUCGGACUCUGACGAACUGCGCCACGGGGCUCGAGCGAGGCCGGCCCGGAGGGAAAAGAUCGCGGCGCUCAUCACAUGCGGUCGUGGGAGCGGCAGGACCAGCGCCGCCUUGGUGAUGGCCCACCACAUCACGAGCCCGCUCGACGACGGCGACGACGGUGUCGACAGCAACGUUGACGCCGACGUGGCACGCGAUGCGGCCGUUGAUCAACCAGGCGCCAAUUGCAACGGACGGCGCAUCGUCUACGUCGACUGCGGCGCGGCCGAGCACGCGGCGCUCAGGUCCGGCGCCCCGCGAGAGCGAAUACGCGGCCUCCUGCGAUUUCUGUCCCGAGAGCUCGACUUCGACGAGACCCAUUCGUCGCCGCCGCCGCAGGUGAAGCGCGAAGAUAACGAAAAGAACGACGAAAACGAAGACGAAGAAGAAAGCGAUGAGGCGACGAUCGAGGCGGUGGCGAAGAAGGUCGAGUUAAUGACGACGACGAGACGAGGGGCUGCGACGGGCAAUCGGGUGGCUGUGAUCCUGGACGACUACCACGCGAUGGUCAUGGCCGAGGAGGGCAGCCUCACGAGCGGCGCUAGCGGCCGGGCGGAGGUGCUCGUCCGCCUGCACGAGGCCAUCGCCGACCUGGCCGUCGUCGGCGUCUUCUUCAUCCUCACCUCCACGCCCUGCCUCGCCCUCUACCUCUACUACUUUGCCGCGGCCGACGACGACCACCACCGCCACGGCCCCGGCCAGCCGCGACCGGCCGAGCCACAGGUGCCCAGCGAGCCCUACGGCGGCGGCGGCAAGCGUAAGGUGGUCGGCCACGUAAGCACGGACUGCGCGCAGAAGAGGGCAAAGACGGCCCACGGCGGACACCACGCAGGCCAGACGACGCGGCCGACGUCGGUGGUGGACAAGGUGCGGGUGCGGAACUGCCUGAAGGGGCUGCACGUGUACGACAUACCGGGCGAGGCGGGGUCGGAGGGCGAGCUGAAGGCCACGGAGCUGCUGCUGCGCCACUACCUGCCGGCGCUGCACAAGCACCACCUCAAGGCCAUCCUCCACCACCUCGGCGCCGCCCAGGUGCCCCUUCACCCCGCGCUCCUCGUCUCGAGUGCCGUCGCCUGGUGCCUCGCGGACGAGCAGACCCAGGCCCAGGAGCAGGAGCAGGCCACGGUGUUCACGGUGGCCCUGGCCGACCCUACCAGGCCCGUGGUCCACGACCGACUCUUGCGCGCACUCGCGGCCGUCCAUGGCGACGUGGCCUCGCUCCUGGCCGUCGGCGGCGGCGGCGGCUACGUGGGGCUGCUUCACGCGUACGCGUCGGAGGGCGGCGAGGAGCGGCCCAAGGGCGCGCUGUGGGCCUCACUGCUGGCCAAGGACGCCGAAGGCCGGUGGCGCCUCAAGGACGUGUACCUCACCACCGUGCUCCACUUCUACGUCGACCGCGAGGAAGAGGACGCGAGCGAGGAGCUGACGUGGAGGCUGAAGCCGAUGCCGAUGCCGAUGCCGAUCGGGUUGGGCCUUGGGCCACCGGCGCCUUCGCUACCGCCGGUCGUGCUGCUGACCCACGCCGCCCACCUAUGGCGUGUCUCGAUGACGCCCGGCUGA